AUGAAUGUAUAUACAGGUUCAUCCUUUGAAAAAACAAUAAACAAAACUACAACCCAUUAAUAUUUAGUAAGAAAAUAUGGAAAUAAAUCCAAUGAGCAAUAUUUUAAUUUUGAAGAAAUACUCAAUCAAAUUUAAGAUGUUUUUUGUAUGAGUUGUGAAAGUUAUGUUCCUUCUGAACAAAUUAAUAUUCAUACUUAAAAUUGUAAUGGAGAAUACGAUUAAUAUGAAUAAGUAGAUUCUUUACAAGCAAAAUUAUAAAAAUGUAAUUUUCUAAUAAAUAAAAUCAAAAAGAUGCUAAAAACUUAUUCAUCUGAUUAAUAGUAUAUAAUUUAAUAUUUAUAAAUGUUAUGGAAAUGCUGCAGCAAUAUAAUUUUAGCUUCAGAUUACAACAUAGUUUCACAAUGCUUGGAUGAUUUAGAUUUAUUUUAAUAAUAUUUUGAAAAUCAAUAGUAAGACAUUGCUGUUGAAUAAGUGAUUCAACAAAUUUUGACAAUUAUUAGUAAAAUAAUGCAAUUUUCAGAAAGAAAAUCUAGAAUUUUGCAAAGUAAUUAAAAUAACAUAAUAAAUCAUCUUAAAGAAUCAAUUGCAACAUCUUUAGCUAAUGAAGGAGGUUUGUAAAAAAAGAUUCAAAUUCAUGAUAAUUAGUUAAAUAGAUAUCGAAAUCCUUUUGAAAAUGUUUAAAAUAAUAUUCAUUAAUCUUUAAAGGAAGAUUUUUAAUCUAGAUUUAAAUCUGCAAAUAAAUAGUCCCUUUCCCCGAUUACAGAAACAAGUUUUGUUGAAAAAAGUAAAAUUGGAAACUUAACUCCAAGAAUGGAAGAAUCGAUGUAAUUAUCUUCAACAAUGUUUCAUAAGACAGAAGCUGAAAAGAAGAAUUAGUUUUUUAAAAUAGCUGCUUUUUUAAAAAAGAAAUUCCUAUAAAAAUAAUAAGUUUAAUAAGCUUUAAUAAUAGCUUUAUAUGAUACUGCAAAUAAGCUUAAUAUAUAGUAAGGUUAAUAUGAAAAUUACAUAACUAAUUUAUAUUAAAAUAUGUGA